AUAAAAAUGCGCGCGUCUGUGGUUCCCGCAGUAUAUCUGAAUUUACUCUUGAAAGUUACGUUCGUAGAAUUUGACCUAGCAGAAAAUGUCUGGCCGUGGGAAAGGUGGUAAAGGUCUUGGCAAAGGGGGUGCAAAAAGGCAUCGCAAAGUGUUAAGAGAUAACAUCCAAGGAAUCACCAAACCUGCAAUUAGGCGUUUGGCAAGACGUGGCGGUGUAAAGCGUAUCUCGGGCCUCAUCUAUGAGGAGACAAGAGGAGUACUUAAAGUUUUCUUGGAAAAUGUUAUUCGAGAUGCAGUUACCUAUACUGAGCAUGCAAAAAGGAAAACUGUCACUGCCAUGGAUGUCGUUUAUGCGUUAAAGAGACAGGGACGUACACUUUACGGAUUUGGUGGUUAGAGACCUCUACUUUCCCCACACCCUGCUCUUUAAAAAAAAAAAAAAAGGCCCUUUUCAGGGCCAUACAAAUCUUAAAAUUUAGAAAUGCCUUUAUUGCUGUCAUAUAAUUUCACCUCAUGCUUUUCUCUUGAGUCACAUUUCAGUCCAAUUAAAAUUAGCAUUUAAUGUUCUAUAUAUGUAUUUGAAUUCUAAAGUUAAUUGCUUCUAU